AGUGACUACAAAGAAGUGCAUAAAAAAAAAAAAAAAGUCUUUAAAACAAACUAAAGAGUGCUGCAUAAACAUAAAAAUAGAAGAAUGCCUCCUAAAAGAAUUUUAACACAGGAAGAUGCAGAAAACGUUAAACGCAGAAGAAAAGAAACUCAACGUAUACGACGGACACAUAUGACUGAACAACAAAGGGUAACUCUACGCAAAAAGGAUUCUUCAAAAAAACGGAUUUGUAGGGCCAAUAUGACUGCUCAGGAAAAAUGUCUCCAACUGGACAUGCAAAGAUCACGUUCUGCUGCACGUAGAAAAAAAAAAAAAAUAGUACUAACAUCACUAUCACUAAUCAAUAUAACAAAAGUUAUAACCAUUCACUAUUUAAUGAAGACAAUGUUCCGAUGCACACAUGUGGUCAACUUAAUGUUUAUUGCACAUUUUGCAUGGCAAAGCAUUUUCCAGAGGAACAACCAAGCGAUAAGCUUUUUAAUAAAUGCUGCAAUAAAGGAAAAAUAACAUUACCUCAUAUACAAAUUUCACCACUGAUCCAACAACUAAUGACUGGACAACACACACAUUCAAAGAAUUUUAUGCAAAAUAUCCGUUCUAUAAAUAGUGCAUUGGCGUUUGCAUCAAUGGGAGCAAACAUUGCACCACCUCCAGGAUAUGGCCCAUACUGUUUUAGAAUAAAUGGCCAAAUUUAUCACCGAUCUGGUGCUUUGCAUCCAGAAAAUGAUGAUCAACGCAAAUUUGCACAACUCUACAUUUUGAGUCCUGAGGAAGCUGCGGACCAACGAGCAGCACUAAAAGAAAAUUCAGGAUGUCACAUUGAACUUUUGAGGGAGUUAAGUUCAUAUAUGUCUCAGUAUAACCCUUUUGCAAAAGCAUGUAAAAUGCUCUAUGAGGUAGAGCAAGAAUGCAUCCAUGAAGCAUCUUUAAAUGGAGUUCAAAAUUCUAAAGUUUCAAUGGUAAUUCUGCAGGACAGAACAUCAGAUUACCGAAGAUAUAACGUACAAAGAGUUAAUGAGGUUGCUGUUAUUUUCCAAAAUUCUGAUGGUGAACCUCCUCUUGAACGUGACCUUCUUAUUCAUUGCCGAUCUACAGAUCAAACAAAAAAAACUGAAAGAAUAAGUGUUUUAGAUCCUAAUCUUGAACCAUUGCUGUAUCCUUUGUUGUUUCCAUAUGGGGACCAAAGUUGGGGUUCCAAUAUUGCUCUUAACUACAGGCCAACAUCAAUUAGUGAUGUACAAAGAAGAGUAACCACCAAUCCAAGGAUAAGAGUUAGCCAAAUGAAAUACUACUCUUACAGAAUUUCAAUUAGGGAUCAAUUCAAUCCUUUCCUUAGUGCUGGCAAGUUGACGCAGCAGUACUUUGUUGAUGCUUAUGUCAAGACUGAGGCCAACAGACUCAACUAUAUACGUCAAAAUCAAUCUAAUCUUCGCAUUGAAAAAUAUACAGGAUUAAUGGAUUACAUUCAAAGUGAGGCUGCUGCACAGGGCCUGAUGCCUGGAAAAGCAGUUAUUUUGCCAUCAUCUUUUCAGGGAAGUCCACGAAAUAUGGCCCAAAACUACCAUGAUGCUAUGGCCAUUGUUAGAAAAUAUGGAAAACCGGAUUACUUCAUCACCAUGACCUGCAACCCUAAAUGGCCUGAGAUACUUGAUAACCUAUUAGAAGGUCAAGCAGUGGAGUUCAGACCAGAUUUGGUAGCAAGAGUUUUCAAUCUCAAAUUAAAUUCUCUUUUGAAUGAUAUCUUGAACAAACAUGUUCUUGGAAGUCCUUGCGCAAAAGUGCAUGUAAUAGAGUUUCAAAAAAGAGGAUUACCACAUGCUCAUAUCCUUUUAAUAUUGAAAGCCGAAGACAAGCCAAAUGAUGCUGAAACCAUUGACACUUUUAUAUCAGCUGAAAUUCCUGAUGAACAUAUUUAUCCAAGACUACAUGCUAUUGUAAUAAAGCAUAUGAUACACGGUCCAUGUGGAGAACAUAAUUUAAAUUCUCCAUGCAUGGUUGAUGGUAAUUGCAGCAAGAAUUUUCCGAAAAAUUUUCAAGAAGAAACUUUAAUUAAUGUUGAUGGAUAUCCGCGAUAUUGGAGACAAAAAAAUGAGACCACUGUAAUUGUCAAAGGGAAAAAAAUUGACAACUCAUGGGUAGUUCCAUAUAGCCCAUACUUCUGCUUGAAAUACAACUGCCAUAUAAAUGUAGAGAGUUGUGUUUCUGUUAAAAGUGUUAAAUAUCUCUUCAAAUAUGUAUAUAAAGGUUACGAUUGUGCAAAUAUUUCCAUUAAGGAACAUAAUACACUACAGCAUGAUGAAAUUCAAAAUUUUUUGGACACAAGAUAUGUCAGUGCUCCUGAAGCUGUUUGGAGGUUGUAUGGUUUUUUGAUGCACCAUCAAACACAUACAAUAAUAAGACUUCAAGUUCAUCUUCCAGGCGAACAAGAUGUAUAUUUCCAUAAUGAAAACGUACAAUUAGCUGCAGAAAAGGCACAAGACAGGGAUACCACUUUGACAGCAUACUUUAAGUUGAAUGUGGAUAAUAAUGCGGCACGUGAAUUUUUUUACUCUGACAUUCCUCAACAUUUUGUAUUUGAUGUAAAAACCCGUAAGUGGAAUCCAAGACAAAGAGGAGCAAAUACAACAAUUGGCAGAUUGUAUAAUGUAAAUAUUUCAUCAGAUUUGGAGAGAUUUUGUUUGAGGUUACUGCUCUUGCACUUAAAAGGAGCAAUAUCCUUUAAGGACUUACGAACUGUUAAUGGACAAGUUUGUCACACAUUCAAAGAAGCUGCCCAAAAGCUUUCACUUUUAGAUGACGACGCUACAUGGGAUCUUACACUUAAUGAAUCAGCAUCUCAACAAAUGCCUAAACAAAUGAGGGAACUUUUUGCUUAUUUGUGUAUCUUUGUUGUCCCACCUAAUGUCCCACAACUCUGA